UAUCUGUGGGUAAUACACAUACUCAAACCCGAACAUCACAGAUCUCCGAGGUGGUCUUGAACUCGGACCAGUUCUCAGUUCUCCAGUGGUUGUGGGCCCCACAAUUUGCUCUCAACUCCCUAAGCUUCUCUUCUCCUCCUCUCCGGUCUUCCUUUCCGAUUCCCGCCGGAAUUCGGAUGGCGGAGAAACAGCUGAUCGUCGCCGUCGAAGGCACCGCCGCCAUGGGCCCCUACUGGCCCACCGUUCUCUCCGAUUACCUCGAGAAGGUCGUCAGGUGUUUCUAUGGGAAUGAGUUGGUUGGGCAGAAGACAUCUAACUCUAACGUUGAGCUCGCCCUGGUCACAUUCAACACUCAUGGAUCCUAUUGCGGUUGUCUAGUGCAGCGGAGUGGCUGGACCAGAGACAUUGAUAAUUAUUUGCAGUGGCUUUCAGCCAUACCUUUUUCUGGUGGUGGUUUUAAUGAUGCUGCAAUUGCGGAAGGGCUUUCUGAAGCUCUAAUGAUGUUUCCCUCUGUGCAAAAUGGAAAUCAGAGUCAACCAAAUAUGGAUUAUCAAAGGCAUUGUAUUCUUAUUUCUGCAAGUAACCCUCACCCCCUGUCCACUCCUGUCUUUCGACCACAAGUGCAAAACUUAGAACAGAGUGAAAAUAUUGACGGACAAACAGAAAACCGUCUAUCUGACGCUGAGACCAUUGCUAAAUCAUUUGCUCAGUGCUUGGUUUCUCUGUCAGUCGUUUCUCCAAAGCAGCUUCCUAAGCUUCGAGCAAUAUACAAUGCGGGAAAGCGCAAUCCCCGAGCAAACGAUCCUCCUAUAGAUAAUGCAAAAAACCCUUAUUUUCUUGUUCUACUGUCUGAGAAUUUUUUGGAGGCUCGUGCUGCUUUCAGAGUUCCAAGUUUGCCAUCAAAUCAGAGUCCUGUAAAAAUGGACAUGGCUUCUGUUCCUUCUGUUACGGGGCCACCUCCAACUUCUAUGCCAUCAGUGAAUGGAUCUGUUAUGCACCGGCAACCAAUUCCUGUUGGAAACAUGCCUCCUGCUACUAUAAAAGUGGAGCCAAGUACUGUAAGUUCCAUGGUUUCUGGACCCACUUUUCCACACAUUCAGUCUGUUGUUCGUGCUGCUUCCCAAGGAGUCCCGUUGCAGACUUCUUCACCAUCUUCUGUUUCUCAAGACAUGAUCUCAAACAAUGAGAAUGGGCCAGAUUUGAAACCUAUAGUGAGUAGUAUAUCACAACCGUUGCGUCCUGUGGGACCUGCUCCUGCAAAUGUGAACAUCCUGAACAAUCUGUCAGCAAAACGUCAAGUCAUAAACUCUGCAGCCUUACCUAUGG